AUGGCUACCCAGCACAUCUCGAUCCUGGCGAAGUCCCGGGUUCUGCCAGGGCCUUUACGUACAACUGCUCUUUAUCCUCAAACAUAUUCGGCGAGCUCCCGAACGUGCAUACGCCGGUUCGCGACCACGCCUCGAUCCCAAUUCCAACAGACGUCCCAACGAUGCCAGCAGAAGGAAAAGUUCGGAUCGCGAUUGGGUUCUGCACUGAGAAACACAAAGGUGCAAUGGUAUCCUAUUCCUGUUGCUCUUGGUGUAGGCUUCCUCGGCCUCGUACAGUUCUACAAGACUCAGGUGCGUGAGAAGGAAAGACUGGAACAAGAAGCUGCCGAUGGUGAUCUGGGAGGGCGACCGCAAAAGAGACCAAAAAUCAGACCCGAUGGACCUUGGCAAGUCCAAAUCAUGUCUACUUUGCCAUUGAAGGCCAUGUCGCGGUUAUGGGGAAAGUUCAAUGAAUUGGUCAUCCCGUACUACCUCCGGGUCCCGGGCUUCAAGCUAUACUCCUGGAUAUUUGGUGUCAACCUUGACGAAGUGGCAGAGCCUGAUCUCCAUGUCUAUCCCAAUCUUGCAUCAUUCUUCUACCGCACACUCAAGCCCGGCGUGCGUCCACUAGACCCGAACCCCAAUGCCCUGCUCUCGCCGUCCGAUGGCCGGAUUUUGCAAUUUGGCCAAAUCGCAGGCGGUGACAUCGAACAGGUCAAGGGCAUGACAUAUAGCAUUGAUGCUCUUCUCGGAAAGAACACACCGACGCCUAGCAUUGCCAGUGGAGUUUCGAGCUCGUCGGAGAAAUCUGUUCGAGACGGUCGAGCACAACACGAACUGCAUGGCGACGAGGAACUUGUGAAACAGGAUGAAGAAUUCGCCCGUGUCAAUGGUAUCACCUACACUCUACCUAAUCUUCUCUCUGGCCCGGAGAAAGGCAAAAAGGGCAGAGCAAAUGUCGAAGACCAGUCUACUACGCCCUCAAGCCUCAGCGCCGUUUCUACGGUAGGAGCUGACCUGGCCCUCGGAGAGAAGCCAUGGUAUGAUCUGAUUGCACCUGAAAAGAAGAACGCACUCUACUACGCUGUCAUCUACCUCGCGCCAGGUGACUACCAUCGAUUCCAUUCGCCCACCAAUUGGGUUGUAGAACGUAGGCGGCAUUUUGCGGGUGAGCUCUACUCAGUAUCUCCUUACUUGCAGCGAACCCUUCCCGGCCUCUUCACGCUGAAUGAGAGAGUGGUGCUGCUUGGACGGUGGCGCUGGGGAUUUUUCAGCUAUGUGCCCGUCGGUGCAACGAAUGUUGGUUCUAUCAAGAUCAACUUUGAUAAGGAAUUGCGAACCAAUUCCCUGACGACCGACACUGCAGCUGAUCGCGCAGCAGAAGAGGCCGCAAAGAGAGGCGAACCUUAUACAGGCUACUCCGAAGCAACAUAUGCCGGGGCCAGCGCCAUUCUGGGUGGUCACGCGAUCAAGCGUGGUGAGGAAAUGGGAGGUUUUCAAUUGGGCAGCACAAUCGUUCUAGUAUUCGAGGCACCAGCCAGCAGCGACAGCCCAGAAAAGAAGGGAGGGUUCGAUUGGGUUGUCGAAAAGGGACAGACGCUCAAGAUGGGCCAGGCCUUGGGAUACGUUGUUGAAGAAUAA